AUGUCGGCCGCGUCACCAUCGCGCGCGCUCGCGCGCGCGCGCGCGGCGAGCGCGUCCUCGACCGCGCCGUCGUCGUCGACGGAAUCGCCGCCGGCGUCGCGACGACCUCGCGCGCGUCCGCGCCGCGCGCGCGCCGCGACGCUUCGCGCGGUGACGCCGCGCGACGCCGAAAUCAUGACCCGCGUGUGCGAGCUCGCGCGCGCGCGCGAGGGCAUCGCGGCGCCGCACCCGCUGAGCGCGUGCGCGGUGACGCGAGGCGACGGCGACGUCGUCGUCGAGGCGACGCACGCGGGACAAGGGUCCACGCGGGCGGAAAUCGCGUGCGCGGACGAGAUGCGGCGACGGGGCGCGACGCUGAACUCGAGCGAUCGAGGGACGGUGUACGUGAACCUGGAGCCGGCGCACGGGGAGGUGGCGGGGGAGACGCGGAGCGUGGAGGCGCUCGCGGCGACGGGGGCGACUCGCGCGGUGGUCGGGAUGUUGCAUCCGCUCCCAGGAUUGCGAGGACGCGCGGUGCGAGCGCUGAGAGAGCGAGGGAUAGAGGUGUGCGUGCUCGAGGGCGAGGCCGAGGGGUUCGAGGGCGAGGCGGCGCGAGCGUGUCGAGAGACGAACGAGGCGCUGUUGUAUCGCGUCGCCACGGGUUUGCCGUUUAGCGUGUACAAGUACGCGAUGACGCUCGAUGGGAAGAUUGCGACUGAUACGGGACAUUCGUCGUGGGUGACCGGUGCCGAGGCGCGCGAAAUGGUGUUUCGCGAGCGGAAGCGUGCGGACGCUGUGGUCGUCGGCGGCGGAACGGUGCGGAAGGACAAUCCGAGGCUGACGUGUCGCGAAGAGACUGGGUUCCAACCUGCUCGAGUCGUUCUCACUCGAUCUCUCGACUUGCCCGAAGACGCAAAGCUGUGGAAUGUCCGCGGUGUGGCGCCGACGAUAGUGUGCACCACGAAGGGCGUGAAACCGGAAUUCCAAAACGCGCUGCGCGCCAAGGGCGUCGAAGUGGUGGAAUUCGAUGAACUCACACCCCUCGCCGCGGCGCAGUACAUGUUCAAGAGAGGAUUUUUGAGAUGCUUUUGGGAGUGCGGCGGUGGUCUCGCAGCGCCGGCGAUGAAGAGCGGAGUGUUUCACGAGGUUCUAGCAUUCAUCGCGCCAAAGCUUGUUGGCGGCGGCGCGCUCGCGCCGACGCCUCUGGGCAACUUGGGCAUAGAAGCCAUGCACGACGCGUUGCCAUUAUCCGGCGUGCGUCUCGAAAUAUACGGGCGUGACAUUCUCAUUCGUGGCUACGUCCCGAAC